CGUACGUACCUAUUUCACGUUUGCGCGAUUUUAGUUCGAAGUUCAAAUCGCGUUCGCACUGUGUCGGGUCAGCAGUAUCACUCUGACUUUGCGCCGAACACGACUCGGCCCGGUUACGGCUGGCUGGAAAAGUGCUCGCGCUAUUAAAAGUAAAAUAAAUUAAAUAAUGUUCCAAUUUUAAAUGCUUCAAGUUUUUGAAUUUAGAAUAAUAAGUGCGAAACAUUAUUGUUGAAUUUAAUAAAAGUGGUUUGUAUAAGUGAAACUUUUGCAAAGUUUGCGCGGUGACGAAAAAUAUAACGUAGUUGUUAAUUAAAAACAUGAUUAUUUCCAAACAUAGAAUAAACCCUAUUAAUAUUUAUCGUGUGAUUUUAUCGCAAUUUGUAUGACUGUGUAUUAAAUAAAAUAAAAUUGUGACGCCGUGCUACUGGCGUUUAUUGUUCUCGAACUAAGGUGUAUCCCGAUGCUAGGAUGUUGGACGAGCUCGGGCCCACCAUAGCGUCCAACCGGUCUACAUCCAUCACUGAGUUCCACAACUUUUACGUCACAUUCUACGAUGUCGAGAACGAGAGAUACGUCAACACCACACCGAAUGCCACUGAGGUGUACCAAUCGUUCAUCCUGCCGUGGUGGCGGCAGGUGUUGUGGACGGUACUCUUCGCGGGCAUGGUGGUGGUCGCCACCGUCGGCAACCUGGUCGUCAUUUGGAUAGUGCUGGCCAACAAACGGAUGAGGAGCGUCACCAAUUAUUUCUUAGUGAACCUGUCGGUGGCGGACGCGAUGGUGUCGACUCUCAACGUGACGUUUAACUUCACCUACAUGUUAAACUCGGACUGGCCGUUCGGACAUUUCUAUUGCAAGUUUUGCCAAUUCAUCGCAGUGCUUAGUAUAUCAGCGUCUGUUUUCACAUUGCUCGCCAUCAGUGUUGAUAGGUAUGUAGCCAUCAUGAGUCCGCUACGACCUCGGCUUGGGAAGAGAGCAACCUUGGGCAUCACAGCAGCCAUCUGGGCUUGGAGCUCCAUCAUCAGCAGCCCCAACCUGAUAUACUUCACCACCGAAACCGAUUUCUUGCCAGAUGGAAACGUCAGGCGCGUGUGUUUCUCCGAGUGGCCGGACGGCAUAACUACGAGGUCCCACAUGGAAUAUGUGUACAACGUGAUGUUUAUGGUGCUGACGUAUUUCAUGCCCAUCAUGGCUAUGACGUACGCGUACUCCAGGGUGGGGGUUGAGCUAUGGGGCUCGCAGUCCAUCGGGGAGUGCACACAGCGACAGCUCGACAAUGUCAAGAGCAAACGAAGGGUUGUUAAAAUGAUGAUCGUAGUGGUUGUGAUCUUCGCUGUGUGCUGGUUACCGUUCCACGUAUACUUCGUGGUCACCUCCUACUACCCCGACGUGGUCAACUACCCCCACAUCCAGGAGAUCUACCUCGGCAUCUACUGGCUCGCAAUGAGCAACUCCAUGUACAACCCCAUCAUUUACUGUUGGAUGAAUUCCAAGUUCAGACGAGGUUUCAAGCAGUUCUUCUGGUGUUGCGGAGCGCUGGGUGGCAGCGGGCUGACAAGACACCGAGCAUUUGGUGGAGAUCGGUUAGACAGAUCAAUGCGAUCGCUUUCACCAAGCCGGAAAAACGGCACAAGUUUGUUCAAGACGACAAAAUUCAUGAAAAACCCGCCAGGCUCUCCCCACUUGCUUCAUGCAAAUAAAAUAAACAAGCACGAUUCGCAUUUCGAUGCAUAGCACUUACAACAACACGGUGAUGAGCACGGCCUGACAGCGGCGUGGCACGGGCGGACUGUUCGGCGAGUGCGCUUCCAGUGAGGCGCAGCGGGCGGGUGUGGAGCGCACGUGGAUAUGACGCUCCUCGCGCGCGCCGCUCGCCGCGCACUCCGCGCCCGCCCCGCCCGCGCCGCACACCCCGCACACCCCGCGCUCCUCGCGGAAACUUCGCGCGCCACUAACGCCGCAAGACCUUUACGCGUAAACCUUAUCGGACUUAUUGCAAAAAUCAUGUAAAUAAUAUAUUUAAUUAAUUAUGAGACGAUGUUCCGAUAAGUCCUAACCAAUGCAGGCAAAAUAAUUUAUAUUUGAACCCUGUAGAAAUUUACACUUAAUUUUAUAAUAUAAGUAUAUGCGAGAGAAAGUUUUGUAUUCUUGGUACUAAUAUUAAGCGCAUAUUCCAUGAAAUAAUUAUAAAGCGUACAAUGUCUGUAAUAAAUAAAGUAGGUCACACUUAAUUAAGGCUUCUAGUCUUCUACUUAUAGCUAAGCUAUAAUUCUAACUAAUUUUAGAUAAUAAAUUAGAUCAAAAACACGUACCUUUGAGGCUACAUGUACAUAAUUAAUGAUAAACCCUUGUAUGUGUAAUUCAUAAAAUUCAGCAUGUACAAAACACUACCUAAAACUGAAACAGAUGUUAAUCAAUAAAUGUCUAUCAUUCCGUUUUCAAAAAUAGGUAUCUCUGAAACGAGCCGACAAGCUCAGGUAGACUAUAAAAAAAUUACAGCGAUCGCAUGUGACACAUGUCACAGAAUUGAAUAUAGUCAGAGCACACCAUUUCGCCAACCGAAACGUUGUAAAACUCGUUAAAAACACGUUGCAGUGGUUCAUACAGUUGUAACUUGAACAAGAACACACGCAAGUAUUGUGAGUAGUAACUAGUCUUCUAAACAAUUUGUCAAACGAUAAACUAUAUAUCUAGAGACCAUCUAAAAAAUGUUAAGUUGAAACUGUGAAAAUGAAGUGUAUUAUAUUGCGGUAAUGGAAGUAUUUGAGUGAACUGUGGCAGUAGCCAAUAGAGUCCUUAGUCAAAUAAUAUUAAAUCACACAGAACAUUUAUUUUUUAUCAACAACCACAACAAAAUUGAAAAAAUAAAUAACUCCAAAAACAUUUCAUUGCAAAAGAGAUAAAAUGAACAUGAUGUCUAAACUAACAUUAAUUUCAUCAUAAAUGAGAUUUAUGAUAGUGAUGAUGUUUCAUUCGCGUUUUUAAAUCCGAUAUUUUAUAACUUUUUUUGAAUAUGAAGACUUCAGAUUCGUAUUAUAAAAUGUACAGACAAAUCCGGCCAGUACGUUUUUUUAUUGAAACUGAAAGCUAGUGAAUCGCGAGUAUACAGCCUUUUAAAUAUUCUGUAUAGAUCCGAAUUCAACUUUUCACAGUGCUCAUAUUUUGCGAAUAAAUCUCGCUUUUGUAUUGAUUUUAAUACUACGCAGACGCCGUGAAAUUUAUGUUAUAAAUUAUAUUUUUAUAUAUUUUACAAGAAGUAUUUUAAAACUCAAAUAUCAAUUAAAUAAGUUCGUUUUAUAAUGUUAGAUAUCUAUUGUAUAAAUAAAACCGAAUACCAAAGAUUUUUUUUUUAAAUGUAUUAAACAAAUAUAUCUUUGUUUACCUCGAAAGCUGUAGGGGUCACAUGUGUAAAAUAAGAUUUUUUUUAUUGUUCAUGAAUUGUAGACUCUUUUUAUAUUACCGAAUCAAUAUUUAUCAAUUUCCAUUUCUUAUGAUGUAAUCUUUAUUAUCAUACUCCACGUUUUUCAUUUAUUUUUUUGUAAUUUGUUUAGUGUAUUUAUUAUAUAUUGUUUAUACUUAUCUUAAAAUCUUCAUUCUCAGGGGCCCUUUUCCGUCUAUGGCGGCAAAACCGUCUUCUGCAAAUUUACGGGCGUUCUAAUCGAAGGACAGCUCUCAUAAUAUGUGGUUUAUGUAAAUAGGGGAUUUUGUGGCGCUUACAACACCCAUAAUUGCAAAAAGACGGAUUUGCCCCCGUAGAAGUAAUAGGGCUCCUUAACCCUUAUAUUGUUAUUUGUAUAUUAUACAUGUAUAUAGUAAAUAGCUAGUUAAUUUAGCGCGAUAAUUUAAUUAUUGUAGAAAGCUAGUAAGGUCAGCAUCCCUAUUCUAUCUAUACAGGCGUAUUCGUCUUAUUGCAAUUUUGGCUCUACUAAUCGAAAGACAGCUUUAACAGCCGUGUAGGUCGAAAAAUCCACAUUUACAGUCUUACCGGCUAUUAACGCCCAUAGUUGUAAAAAGACAGAAUAUAUGCGCCCGUAGACGGAAAUGAGUCCCCCAGACCCUACAUCACAUGUAUAUUAUUAUAAGUACAUAGCUAUACAUGUCAUCCUUUAAGGAGCUACUUAUUUAAUGUAUGUACCCUCAAAAUACCUAAUUUUAUAUAAUUGCAAUUCUAUUUAUUAAAAAUGCAUAAUAUGGAGUUUUAAAUUAUUUUUCACGGCAUUUUAAUAAUGUUAGAUGUACAAUUCCGAUUUCCGAAUCAAAUAAAAAUAUGUAGGUAUUUGUUCCUACCUAUUAUAUUUUCGCAUUUAGUGCUAUAGUUGCGAACUGCUAUUUUUGUAUCCAUCCUUUAAAAAACUUACCUCAACAAACAGAUUUGUAAAUAAGUACUGUAAUGAUUUUAAUUGUAAAUAAAAUUAUUGUUUUUUAUAUAUUAUGUUGUAAAGAUAUUUAGUUAUUAUUUAAAAUGUUUGUAAUAUUUCAUGUGUAUAGUUAAAGUCAUCGUAAAAUUUUAAAAUAAAUUGUUCAAAAGUC